AUGAGCACAGUACAUUUCGACUACAUAAUUGUGGGUGGAGGCCUCGCAGGCUCCGUCGUUGCAAAUCGACUACUCAAUGCUGACAAGUCAUUGAAUAUCCUUCUGGUCGAGGCCGGCGUUGAUGCCUCUAACAACACUUUGAUCCCUCACGCAAACAAUACAGCGUUUCUCAUUGGGUGCGAGCUCGACUGGGGAUUCGUCACGACGCCUCAGAAGAAUCUCGAGGGUCGCAGGAUUGGAAACCCGGCGGGGAAAUGCCUUGGCGGGGGAACAGCAAUCAACAGCUGUGGAUGGAUCCGUGGGGAUCGUAGCGACUAUGACAGGUGGGCUGAGAUUGUUGGGGACGAAAGCUACAGCUACAAUUCUAUGCUACCUUAUUUUAUUGCUACGGAGGAAUACACCGACGGAAGUCAAGCUAGUGGACAACAUGGAUCCGACGGUCCGCUGCAUGUUGCCCGAGUCUCUUCGACCGGUCGCAAAUAUCCGCUGCGCGAGACAUUAGCACAGGCAUGGGAUGAGAACCAUGUCAGUGCCCUGCCUCACUUGGAUGGAAACAGAGGUAACCCUCAAGGUCGGGCAGAGAUCGCAGAGGAUCGUCGUGACGGACUGCGUCAGUUGGCUAGCGCUGCCUAUCCACUCGAUGGUGUCCAGGUCAUGACCAACACACUUGUGAGGCGCAUUAUUACAGCACCAGAAGACGACACACCGAAGGCUAUCGGAAUCGAAACAACAAGCGGCGAGAGAUACUACGGCAGAGAUAUCAUCGUCUCUGCGGGAGCAUACCGCACCCCACAGCUCUUGAUGCUCUCUGGAGUCGGCCCAGAAGAGAUAAUGUCACAGUAUGCCAUCCCAACUAUCGUUGACGCCCCGGAAGUUGGAAAAAACCUCUACGAUCAUCUGGAGCUCGUACAGUACUGGAAGCUCAAGGACCCUUCCAAGGGGUAUGCUGUUGGAUCCGACAACCCUCUCUUCGCCAAACCCGAAUUCGGACUCGGGGUGCCGGUUGACUGGGUCGUCACCACCAGCGUCCCCAGAGAUGGCUUAGUAGAGGCAAUUAUAGCGGAUGAAGGGUGUCUACCAUCAGCAGAUCACCCUCUCGUCAAAGCCGAGCGAUCCAUCCUAGAGUACAUCACGUUAUACGCCGCUGGUAGUGCUUCAGACCCGGUCGUACCCCUAGACGGUACCCACAUAUGUAUGACCAUCGUUGACCUACUGCCGACCUCGAAAGGACACGUUACCAUCAAUUCGACGGACCCGGCUGAUCCGCCUGUAAUCGACCCCGACUACUUGUCAACUGAGGUGGAUCGCUACGCCUGGCGCACGGGGCUGCGCACUGCCGCUCGGCUAUUUUUGGGGACCGAUUCAGGCAAAUCAUUCAUUGAUCAGGAAACCCCACCGGAUGGGUUUGAGCCGAUCAGCUUGAACUCUAGCGAUGAGUAUUUGGAUGCUAGGGCUCGGCAUGGAGCGUUUUCUACGUACCACCCAAUGGGAACAUGCUCAAUGGGCAAAGUCGUCGACAACAAGUUCCGGGUCCACGGAAUAUCCAACUUGCGGGUUGUUGACGCCAGUGUAAUUCCAACCCCAAUCGCGGGACAUAUCCAGGCCGCGUUGUAUGCCAUGGCAAUGAAGGCGGCGGAUGUAAUCGCCAGCAAGGUAUGA